AUGGACAAUUCCCUCUUUGGGCAAGAGGCUGAUGCAAAAUCUACACAUCUGGUAGCUAUGAAAAAUCAUGAAAAAUUAUGGGCUGAAAAGUCAAGGAUUCGAUGGCUGAAGGAGGGAGAUCCUAACUCUAAAUUCUUUCAUCUCUACGCAAAAAUUAAGAGAGUAAAAAACACUAUUCGAAGAGUCAAAAAAUCUGAUAGCUCUAUGAUUUCUGAUAGAGAUGAAAUAGCUUGUUACAUUUCUAGUUUCUAUGAAGAUUUUCAUAAGGGAACUCCUGUGACAGAUCAUCUGGAUUUGCUCGAUGCUAUUCCAAAGCUUAUUGAUGAGGUCAAUCUGCUAUCCUUGGAUUCAAUUCUAGGUCCAAAUGAGAUAAAGCGUGCUGUGUGGGAUCUGGACCCUGUAGUUUGCCAGGUCCAGAUGGCUAUCCUGGGUAUUUCUUCCGGUGCUGUUGGAAUAUUAUAUCUGGAGAUUUCCAAAGAGCUAAUAAUCUCAGAAGAACAGGGACCUUUUCAGAAAGGGAAACUUAUUCAUAACAAUAUUGCAUUGGCAUCCGAGCUGGCAAAUAUUAUGCACUCUUCUACAAGAGGAGGUAGGUUAGGAGCAAAAAUUGACAUUCAAAAGGCCUUUGGGAGAAUUUCUUGGGAUUUUAUUCUUAAAGUCCUUAAGAAAUUUGGAUUUUCUAACACUUGGCUAAAAUGGAUUUUCCAAAUCCUCUCCACUUCUAAAAUUUCCAUUCUGCUAAAUGGAGGUCCAGUUGGUUUCUUCGGAGUUGAGCGGGGUCUUCGUCAAGGUGACCCAAUUUCUCCAAUUUUAUUCAUUAUUGCUGAAGAAGUCUUCUGCAGAGGUCUGAAGCAUCUUCUCCAUGUGAAGGAAAUCAAACCCCUAAAGGGUCCUAGAGAUGUGUCUGUUCCUACUCAUCUUCUCUUCGCUAAUGAUAUUUUUAUUUUCAUAAAUGCUUCCAGCAAUUAUGUCAAAAACUUGAAAAACUUUAUCAGAAAGUAUCAGGAGUUCUCAGGGCAGGUAAUGAACCUAGAAAAAAGCAAGCUAUAUUAUGGGUCUGAUAGCUUCUUCAAGGAAGCAGGCUAUUGUGGAGACUAUGAGAAUCCCAGCAUGUAA